GCAGACCGCACCUUCGUAUCGUUGUGUGUUGAGUUACAGAGAGAUACUGCCUUGGUGAUGAAUAGAAAGAAAAAAAAAAACUUGCUCGACCUGUAUGGCAGGUCACUGAGCAAUCAAUGCGGCGUCAUUUUAUGUAAUAGUAGCUUUAAAAAAUUUAAAUGUGCCUACUGAGGUGUUUGUGCUGCAGAAUGAAUUUGUUUAUGUAUUGAAAAAUCAAAAGUCUCACAGGAUCAAAAGCCCCCAAAUCAGCAGCAUAUACUCGAACAUCAUUUUUAAAACAUAUCACCCCAUCACUAUUUUUACUUUCUAAUUCAGCCAAAGCAAUUUUCGAAGUUGAAUAUAUCACACGGAAGCAGAAAAGCAAAUGCAAAUUAAAUGCAAAUCCAGUGCAGUUCAAUAUAACAAAAUUUGUUUAGCUCACGAUUUACUCCUUCGACAUCAACAUUGAAAUGUGACUCGACUGAAUCAGUUGAAUAAUCCAAAUUAAAAAAAUAAAUAAAAAAAGACGGUCUUUAUUUUAAAAAGGGUGGAAAAAGAUUUACUUAACCUACUUUCGUUUUCGGCACUCAGGUUCAUCCCACGAGAACUUCAUCACUUGACUCGUUGAGGUAGCGGCCAUGAACUGGUCUGCGUUGGAGAGCCUUCUGAGUGGGGUCAACAAAUACUCCACAGCCUUCGGCCGCGUCUGGCUCUCCAUGGUCUUCGUUUUCCGGGUGUUGGUGUUUGUAGUGGCGGCUCAGCGAGUGUGGGGGGACGAAAGCAAGGACUUCAUUUGCAAUACGGCCCAGCCCGGUUGCGCCAACGUUUGCUACGACGCCGUCUUCCCAAUUUCUCACAUCCGCUUGUGGGCCCUGCAGCUCAUCUUUGUAACGUGUCCCUCAUUGUUGGUGACGUGUCACGUCAAAUAUCGUGAAAAGAAAGACCUGGAGUACAGCAACUCGCAUAAGGGAGCUCAUCGAUAUGCCAACCCUGGGAAGAAGCGUGGGGGUCUGUGGUGGACCUACUUGGUCAGCCUGAUUUUUAAAGCGACCUUUGAUGCCGGCUUCCUGUACAUCCUCCAUUACAUCUACGACGGCUUCGACAUGCCCCGGGUCUCCAAGUGUUCUCUAGAGCCCUGCCCCAACACGGUGGACUGCUACAUUUCCCGGCCUACUGAGAAAAAAAUCUUCACCCUCUUCAUGGUGGUCUCGUCUUCCAUUUGCAUUUUAAUGUGCCUCAGCGAGAUGGUGUACUUCAUCAGCAAGCGCAUCCUGAAACACAAUCGGAAGAAGAGGAUGAUGUUGGAAAGAGAGUUCGCCGACACUCAUGAAAUGACACAGCUCUCUGCGCCCAGGUCUGAGAUGAGGUCCAGAACUUCCUUUCGACUGGAUCCCACCGUCUCUAUCCACAACCUCAAUAACCUGACACCUGAGAAUGAAGACAAAAAAACUAAAAAUGAUCCGACAUUCGAGAACGGCAACCUCGGGCUUGUAUAAGGAGCUAAGAAUCCCUCAGACUCUAUUGACGGCAGCUGUUCCAAAGAUACUCAUCGAUUCACAGAUGACUUGUAAAUUAACGGAAUUUACUUUUUACCAAAGGCAUCGUCUGUGCAUGCACUUGAAGGACCCCCACUCCCACCACAUCAUGUUAAACCCAACGGACUGCCCUGCACCAGGUUUGAAUAGAAAUUCACAAAUUGUAUUCCAAAACCAAAUUUGCAUGAAAGCAUACAAGCGUGUCAAAUAUCGGG